AUGGUGUAUUCGGUUACACCGCCGAUUACACUUUCAUCACGUGAUAUCACUGCACUACACGAACACCGCACUAGCACUGCACUAAAAUCCCAUUCCGAACUCCUAGAGAAUGAGGUUAGGAUUACUUUUAGUGUCGAGGUCGUGGUUGUAGUUGACUUGACAUUCCCAGUCCCAGUGGAUUUUUCUGUUCUCGACUUGUUAAAAAGACAAAUUUUCGAAAAAUUAAGAAUGGCACCUUUUAAAAUUGUUAUGGUACGACAUGGUGAAUCUGAAUGGAACGAGAAGAACCUUUUCUGUGGCUGGUACGACGCCAACUUAAGUGAAAAAGGUAAACAAGAGGCUAUCAGUGCUGGUAUAGCUCUCAAAAAUGCUGGAUACAAAUUCGAUGUUGCCUAUACGUCUGUUCUCACAAGAGCCCAAAAUACCCUCCAAGCUAUCCUCGGUGAAAUUGGUCAAACUGACUUACCUGUAGUAAAAACAUGGAGGUUAAACGAAAGACACUAUGGUGGCCUCACCGGCCUUAAUAAGGCUGAAACUGCAGCUAAAUAUGGUGACGAACAAGUUGGCAUUUGGCGUAGAAGUUUUGAUGUUCCUCCACCACCCAUGGAAGCUGACCAUCCUUAUCAUGAUACAAUCACCAAAGAUUCAAGAUAUGCUGAAGGACCAACUCCUGAUCAAUUCCCCAAAUUUGAAAGCUUGAAGUUGACUAUUGAACGUACAUUGCCAUUCUGGAAUGAUACCAUUGUACCACAGAUCAAAGCCGAUAAACAAAUACUUAUUGCUGCUCAUGGAAACAGUUUGAGAGGAAUCGUGAAACAUUUAGACCAAAUGACGGAUGACCAAAUUAUGUUAUUGAAUCUACCCACUGGAAUUCCGUUUGUAUACACUUUGGAUGAAAACCUUAAGCCAAUUAAGAGUUUGGAAUUUUUGGGUGAUCCAGAAACGGUCAAGAAAGCUAUGGAAGCUGUUGCUGCCCAAGGAAAAGCUAAAUAAUCCCACCAUUAACUCUUUUUCCCAGAUACAUUGAAAGAAUGAUGUAGGUUGUUAAUGUAAAGUCUUAUGAAUGUAAUUGAUGUACUUACUGAUGUAAAAUGUAAUUCAUUAAUUACAUAGUAAAUUUGCCAUGGCAAGGUCAAAAAAUUGAUAGGUGGAAAUUUUCACUUCUGCCAAAAAAAUUAUUUUUGGUGGAAAGCUAAGUGUUGUUCAUUUUGGAUAAUAAUGAUUUUCUGCGGAACAUGGCAUUUUUUUUUUCUAGUUAACCAAUUAGCUUAUUCUCUAUCGAUAUGGGUAACUGGUGCAACCAAAAAGAUUCUUCAAAAUAUUAAAUAGCUACUACGUACUACUAAUGCUUUUGUUAAAAUAUUAGAUUUCAACCAAAUUCUCCAGACAUUUUUACGUUGUUAUAGUAAAAAUGUUAUGUUAUGUAAGCUGUGGUUAUGUUAUGUUAUUUAUACUAUAAAUGUUUCUGAUUAAAACCAGUGCUUUGUUUUCAUUCUA